AUGUCUAAUACGGAUUGGGAUUCGAAAACAGUAAUCGGUCGUGCAGUUCGUCCUGGCACCACUGGUGUUUCUGGUGUCCCUACAGCUUAUGAACGAGCUAAACAAGUCGGAGCAAUUACUGAAAACGAUCGUAAAGUUACUGCCGGUACGAACAAAGGUCAUGUUGGCACUGAUCAUCAACGUAUUGCCAAGCUGGAUCGAGAAAAUGAAGUAGCUCCACCUCCAAAAGUUCCCCCCACAGUCGGAAAGACAAUCGGCCAGAGAAGACAAGAGUUGAAAUUAACCCAGAAGGAUCUGGGUACAAAGAUCAACGAGAAACCUCAAGUCGUACAGGAAUACGAGGCUGGAAAAGCCGUCCCCAACCCUCAGAUCUUGGCAAAGAUGGAAAGGGCUUUGGGAGUUAAGCUUAGAGGAAAAGACAUUGGUGCACCUUUGGGUGGGCCGAAGAAGAAGUAA